CUCCUUUCGCGCCUGCGCGGUCGGGGGCGGCUGCGGUGAUGGCGGUUUGUUGGGACCAGCCGACCGAGGAGAGCUUGUGCUCCUAGCUGCUGAGGGAGAUGCGUUCCCGUGCCACUGUCAGGACCUGCCGUAAAGUCUGCAGGUGCCUGUUGUCUGGGUUUGGGGGUCGAGUGGAUGGGACGGAGACGCCGCCGAGCUCGCGCGCGGAGCUCCCCGGGCACAGCGAGCGGCCCGGAGCCCCAGCGUCCGAGGAGGGGAGCGCGGCGCUGCUGGAGAUCUGCCGGACGAGGCACUUCCUCAGCGGCAGCCGGCUGCAGCUCAGCCGGCAGCGCCUGCUGAGCGGGUGCCACCCGGGCUUCGGGCCCUUGGGCGUGGAGUUGCGGAAGAACCUGGCGGCGGAGUGGUGGUCCUCGGUGGUGGCGUUCAGGGAGCAGGUGUUCCCGGUGGACGCCCGCCACCAGGAGCCGGGCCCUGGGCCGCCCGGGCGCGGGGCCCUCAGGUUAGUUCCCGCAGAAACGCUGCGCGAAAUCGUGCACGACAAGGAGCUGAGUAAGGAGGAGCUGGUAGCGUUUCUUGAGAACUUACUACACGCUUCCGGGAGGCUGCGGGAGAGCCUGCUCCACGGUGCUUUGGAACAUUAUGUCAAUGGCCUGGAUCUGGUGAACAAGAGGCUGCCUUACGGCCUCGCUCAGAUUGGAGUGUGCUUCCAUCCUGUUGCUGACACCGAGCAGAUCCCUGGCGGCACGAAAAGACUUGGUGAGAAGACCGAAGCCUCGUUAGUGUGGUUCACUUCUGCGAGAACUUCCAGCCAGUGGCUUGAUUUCUGGUUACGGCAUCGACUCCUGUGGUGGAGAAAGUUUGCCAUGAGUCCAUCUAACUUCAGCAGCAGCGAUUGUCAGGAUGAAAAGGGUCGCAAAGGAAGCAAACUUUACUACAGUUUUCCCUGGGGAAAGGAGCCAAUAGAAACCCUGUGGAACCUGGGAGAUCAGGAACUUUUACACAUGUAUCCUGGAGAUGUCUCCAAGUUACACGGCCGAGAUGGACGGAAAAAUGUGGUUCCGUGUGUUCUGUCUGUAAGUGGGGACCUGGACCGCGGCGUGCUGGCCUACCUCCACGAUUCUUUCCAGCUAGCCGAGAACUCCUUUAGCAGAAGGCAACAUCUUCAUAGAAAGGUACUUAAACUUCACCCUUGUUUGACCCCUAUAAAGGUGGCUUUGGACGUGGGGAGAGGCCCGACAGUGGAGCUCAGACAGGUUUGUCAAGGGCUAUUUAAGGAAUUACUGGAAAGCGGAAUUUCUGUCUGGCCUGGUUAUUUGGAAACCGUACAGUCUUCACUGGAGCAGCUUUAUUCAAAGUACGAUGAAAUGAGCAUCCUCUUCACAGUUCUGGUCACUGAGAGCACUCUGGAGAAUGGUUUAAUCCACUUGAGAAGCAGGGACACCACAAUGAAGGAAAUGAUGCACAUAUCCAAACUAAAAGACUUUCUAAUCAAGUAUAUAUCAUCAGCUCAGAAUGUGUAGGUAUUUGUGUAAUAAAUAUUCUUUUCUACUGCU